UUGUCUCACCACACUCCAAGUGCUGGAAACAAUGCCUGUGCUGAUGGUAAUGCUGGCAAUUUCCCUGUUUUUUUGCAGGUCACUGCCAGGGGAUUCGCCCCAUUGUUGCAGUUUGCCUACACUGCUAAGCUGUUACUCAGCAGAGAAAACAUUCAAGAGGUCAUCCGCUGUGCCGAAUUCCUGCGCAUGCACAACCUGGAGGACUCAUGCUUUCGCUUUCUGGAAGCUCAGCUUCGCAGGGAAGAGGACAGCGUACUGCUCUGCCACAAGGGGGAAGCAGUAGCAAACAACUCAGAGGACGAGAGCAUGCAGUCAGAGUCCGAGAGGCCCAGCUCCCCCAGGGUACGGCAUUGUACAGACACCUCCCUCCGACAUCCCGACCACGAAAGGCUAGAAAUGACUGUGCCCAAUAACUUGACGGAUGGCCGGCUGGACUUUGAUCGGCACGCAGCAUCAGACCUUCCCCGCUGCCCCAAAUACAGGAAAUAUCAGUGGGCUUGCAACAAGCACAAUAAUGACACCUCCUCACACACCAGUACCUCAGGUUUUCCAAGCACAUUGACGGAGAGCAGUGUUAGCGGGGCGGUGCCCGGCCAGGGCCGGCUGCCCCUGGCACAGAUAAAGGUGGAACCACAAGGAGAGGAGGAGGCCAUUUCAUUAUGUCUGUCAGGGGACGAGCAGGAGGGCAGGGACAAGGACAGUGUGACAGCCAUGGAAAUGGACCAUCCCGCACCUCUGGAAAGAACCAAGAGAACGAGUUCUCCAUCCUGUCUCCAAGCCUUCUUCAAAAAAGGGGUGGACCUGCCCAGUCUGUCCACCGCAUCCCAGCAGCUAUUCACCAACAGACCGGCCUGCCCCCAGGACAAAGGAACCUCUCAGGGAGAUCAUAAAAAAGACUCACGGCCUUUCCCUGGGGAGCUGGCUCUGUCUGUAAUGUCCCCAAAGGAUGCGGAUGCUUUCCCUGCAGGGUUGACGCUCAAGGCUGCUUCCUGCGACGGCGUGUGUAAACAGGAAGUGGAGCUGGACCGCCGCAGUGUCAUAUUCUCCUCAGGGGCCUGCAGCCGUCUGGGAACACCAGCGCAUUCCUACCCAGGCGGCCGCUCUCUGGAGAUGGAGCUCUCGGAGCACAUGACCAAGGGCCUUUGGGCCGGAGCUAGCCAGUCCCUCCCCAACUCCCAGACCUACUCCCCCAGCGCCGCCUCCUCCGAGCCCCCGGCCCUGUGUCGGCCGCGGCCCAACACCAGCUGCCCGGUGCCAAUCAAAGUGUGCCCCCGCUCGCCCCCCUGCGAGGCGCGGACCCGGACCUCCAGCUCCUGCUCCUCCUACUCCUACGCGGAGGACGGCAGCGGGGGCUCCCCCUGCAGCCUGCCCCAGUUCGAGUUCUCCUCCUCGCCCUGCUCCAACGUGGCCCGCUGCCUCAACGUGGACCCGCAGGAGCAGAGCGGGCCGGGGGACGCCCUCUUCAGCCAAGUGCGGCCCAAGAUCAAGUGCGAGCAGUCCUACGGAACCAACUCCAGCGAUGAGUCCGGAUCCUUCUCAGAGGGGGACAGCGAGUCCUGCCAUGUGCAGGAGCGGGGGCCAGAGGUUAAGCUUCCUUUCCCUGUUGAUCAAAUCACAAAUCUUCCACGGAACGACUUCCAAAUGUUGGUAAAAAUGCACAAACUGACCUCGGAGCAGCUGGAGUUCAUCCAUGACGUGAGGCGGCGCAGUAAGAACCGGAUCGCAGCGCAGCGCUGCCGCAAGAGGAAGCUGGACUGCAUCCUGAACCUGGAGUGUGAGAUCAGAAAGCUGGUGUGUGAGAAGGAGAAGCUGCUGACGGAGAGGAACCAGCUGAAGGCGUGCAUGGGGGAGCUGUGGGAGAACUUCUCCUGCCUGUCCCAGGAGGUGUGCCGGGACGUGCAGCUGAGCCCGGAGCAGGUCCACACCGCCCUCACCGCCCACACGCCAGACCCCCCCCCCCACGGCUCCCCGGAGCCACACCUGGCCGUCCGGAACGGGACGGACCCAGACCUGGACGGCCAGGACCAGGACCAGGACCAGGACCAGGACCAGGACCCCGGCCAGGACCAGGACCAGGACCAGGACCCCGGCCUGUACCCGGAGAAGCCCCACCACACGGUGACGGUGGAUUUCUGCCAGGAAAUGACUGACAAAUGUACGACCGACGAGCAGCCGCGGAAGGACUGCCCCCAGUGA